AUUUGACUGACAUAUAUUUUCCCGUUGUAUAAUUUCGGCCUACAUAUUAUAUUUCUUUUGCUAGAUUUUCUCAACUUUUCAAUUUCACAAUGACGACGGUUUGUUACCAAAGUUUGCACGCGAUAGUUAUUGGGUAUGAAUAACUUCUUUUACCGGCGUGUAGUAACGAACUUGGUUGCACGAGUCUUGCGUACACGCGAAGCUACCUUCGAAAGUAUAUGUUUUAAGGAUUAAAGGGACUGAAGGAAAUGGAUACCGGCUAGUGCUACCACUGACGAAUUUAACAUUUUGACCUUGAUUCGAUUCACCCUAGGUUACGGUUGUAUAGUUCAGUAGCAAUUAGCUAAGGAUCCAAGGGCAUAUAAUCUAAAAUAAUUGUGAACAAACGUGAGGUUAUGUACGCCUUUAUUAUUGUUAUUGGCACUUGCCGGUCUACAAAGUACAAAGUAACUAUAUCUAAGCUAUCCAAACGCCACGGAAGUCGAUUGAUUUAACCAUGGACACUUUUUUGACGCAAAUUGGAAUCGGGCAGAGAGCACCUCAUGAUAAGUUCUUCGAAGACACUUAUAAAACGUGUAAAAUUUUCGUUAGAAAAGGUGUUACAAUUAUCGACGACGAGGAAUUGUGCCACGAAGCUGUACAAGAAUUCACGUGCAAUGUACCUGGGUGCACAGCUACGUUCCAGACGCUUGUUGAUUUCGAGGUGCAUUAUAACGGAUCGCAUAGAUACAUUUGCUUGGAGUGCAAAAAGUGUAGACCGAGUGCCAGGCUUUUGGAUAUACACAUAGAAGAAACACAUGAUAGUUUUUUCAGAGUUUUGGCUGAUCGGCAACCGAUGUAUCAAUGUUACGUAUCCGAGUGCGAAAUGAAGUUCAAAACUCUGGCGGAUAGACGAGAACACUGUACAACAGUGCACAAAUAUCCCAAACACUUUCGUUUUGACGAAGGAAAUUGGCGAAAGGGCAGAGGGGAUUCUGAGGAUCAAAUGGAAGUUGAUAAAGAACCGCGAUCCACCAAGUUGCAGAAAAACAUUCCUCGUUUAAAUAAGAAUCAAAAGUGUAGAACAUUUCGUCCCAGUGAUAAAGAAAUAUCGUCUAAAAAUGUUCCCAUAACAGAGACUUUAAGUUCCAUGGUAAAUGUUGCGUCACCAAAUAAGGCAUCCUCUUUAUCCUUUGUUCCUAGGCAGGUGUCGUCCUAUUCAAAAGUGCUUUCGAAGCAGAGUAAUUCACACAGGGAUGUAUUAAAUAACGGAUGCAUGAUGGAAUUGGCUGAUACUCUACCACAAUGAUUAAAAUCUUCAAAACUUGAUUUUUACUCUUCAAGGUGGUGCGGACAGAGAAUUGUAAAGUAUUCUUACCUAUUGAUAUAUUUUUCGUAAGAUGAACUAUCGGUUUCAACUAUAGUCUAUGAAUCAGCAAAACUUGUCAUUCGUUUUUGUCGUUAUCAUACGAUUAAAUACGUAAUGGAAAUUUUAUUGAAGGAAAAUGACCGAAUAAAUUGUAUAUCUGUUCUAGUUGACAAAAAAUGUUUGUAUCUUUAUUAUAAAUAUAGCAUAUUAUAUAUGGCAACUGUAUUUAUCUUUAUAACAGAGAAUUUUUGAACUCUUGCACAGCAAUAUGACUCACUUCAUUCUUUUAGGCCAAUUCUAUAAUUUAUAUUUACACUGUAUCGAUUCUUAAAUUUAUACUUAACAACAUACUGACUAUGCCAGUGACGAACUUGUGUGUCAUCUGUCAAUUAUUAUGUAGAGGCAAUUAUUUUUUAAUUCUUACGAUUUUAUCGCUUUUAAGAAUUUAUUAACACGCAUUUAUACUUGAAGUAUCAAUUCGUACAAUCAAAUUUGACAAUAAAUUGUGAGGUGAAGCAUUUUGUGAACAAAUGGAUACACAGUGUUGAAUAAAAAUAUUUCGAUAUCGUAUACAUGUUAAGCCAA